AAAACCUACGAGUGAGCUUCGGCGGGCGCUCAGUCGUGGAAGGUGUGGCAGGUCGGGAACACUCGCUGAGCGCAGUCCGGCAUGAAGGCCCGCUUCGAGACGUCGGCUGUGGCGGGGGCGGUGUGCGCGGCGGCGUUGUUGUGCUGCGGGUGGCUCCCCGCCGCCAGGGGUGCCAACAUCCUGGCCGUGUUCCCGAUGGAGGGCCGCAGCCACUGGAUCGUGAACCGCGAGCUGCUGGUGGAGCUGGCGCACCGGGGGCACAACCUGACUGUGGUGACGCCCUUCCACCAGCCGGGCGACCCCUGGGAGCUCGUCAAGCCCACCGUGCAGCUGGCGGGCAGCCGCAAGUUCGACUUCCUGGGGUAUGGGUCGCUCUCGACGUUCACACAGUUCAUGAUCCUGUUCCACAUGGGCACGGACUUCUGCCAGCGCCUGAUGGACGACCCGGUCGUUCGCGAGCUGAUCGACUCCCAGGAGCGGACGUACGACCUACUCAUCAUGGAGACGUUCUUCCACGACUGCUUCAUCGCCUUCUCGCACAAGUACCGGGCGCCGACUGUGCUCGCGUGCGCCUUCGGCGGCGGCAACACGUGGAUCAACUACGCGGUCGGGAACCCGUACCCGCUGUCCUACCUGCCCGAGGGCGGCGUGGCCUACACGAGCCGUAUGAGCCUCUUCCAGAAGACCUACAACUCUCUGCUCUCCCUCGCACUCAACCUCUACCGGGACCUGGUCUACUUCCCGGCCCUAGACGAGAUCGUGCGCAAGGCCUUCGGUGACCCGAGCAUGCCCCCCCUAGCGGACAUGGAGCGCAACACGUCCCUGCUACUGCUCAACAAUCACUUCAGCUUCGACUACCCGAGGCCGCUGGUGCCCAAUGCUGUGCAGGUCGCUGGGAUGCACAUCAGGCCUCCUAAGGCCCUCCCAAAGGACCUGCAGGAGUUCAUGGACGGCGCCACCGAGGGUGUGGUCUACUUCAGCAUGGGUAGCAACAUCAAGAGCGCCGACCUGUCCGAGGAGCUGCGGGCGGUCUUCCUGAAGACGUUCGCCAGGCUGAAGCAGAAGGUGCUCUGGAAGUUCGAGGACGACUCGCUGCCGAACCAGCCGCCCAACCUGAGAAUCAGCAAGUGGUUUCCACAGAGCGACCUGCUCGUGCACCGUAACGUGCGGCUGUUCGUGACGCACGGCGGCAUGAUGAGCCUGCAGGAGGCGCUGUACGCCGGCGUGCCGCUGCUCGGCUUCCCCAUCUUCGGCGACCAGGAGGCGAACCUGGUGCGGGCGCGCGACGCCGGCUUCGGCCUGCUGCUGCACAUCCGCAACAUCAGCGAGCAGUCGCUCGGCUGGGCCCUGGACCAGCUGCUCGGCGACCCCAGGUACGCGGAGAGGGCACGCCGGUACUCGCGGCUGUUCCACGACCGGCCGGAGCCGCCCCUGCAGCUGGCGGCGCGCUCCGUCGAGUACGUGCUGCGCCACGGCGGCGCGCGCCACAUGCGGUCGGCGGCGCCCGGCCUGCCCUGGUACCGCCUGCUGCUGCUCGACGUCGCCGCCUUCCUGCUGCUGUGCGCCGCGGCCGCCGCCCUGGCCGCCGCCCUCGCACUCCGCUUCCUCCUGCGGAAACUCUCCGGCGCCGCGGCUGUGCGGGGGAAGAAGGCCGAGAAGAAAGACUGAGCGCUGCGGUGCCCUCUGCAGGCACGGUCCCACGUCACUUCGAGACAGGCGUCGCCGCACUUGGGGACCGCUUCAACAAAACUCGGCAGACGCCACUUUUUUUUCGAAAUGCGUUCCUUAACUGUGCUACGCUUAUUAUAGGUACAUUAGACUUUUCCUGGUCAAUAAAUACGCGCAAGAUGGAAAUAAUUCUAAUGGAAGCUAGGCAUCCAAAAUAAAUGAGUCUGCGACGAUUUCUGGCUCGUGCUAAACUUUUCAGGGCCGAAAAACCAUGAAAAUUUUGAACUCCUACAGUUUUUCUUUUAUUAACUCGAUAACGAUAAAUCCCACCAAAAAUUCCCAAAAUCGGAAUGAAAGAGCAUAAAAUUUCGCAUAGUUUUCUACCCUAGAUCUAUUAGCGGUUCACCUGUUUAGCCACAAUCGACUGUCAAAAAUCUCCAAUCUUUAUCAGUUUUGCGGGAAACUGAGUUAUGCUCAUGGUCCUACGUCAAUAACUCAAAAACGGCUAAUUCAAAUGAAAAGUACCACACACAAGAGGUGUAGAUGAUUAGUCUCUGCAUAAAAAGAGCUUCUAUAUUUUAAAAUUCACUCACUCCUUUGCAAAGGUACGAAUAAGUAUGUAAAAGUAGUCACAGAGCUAAGAAAAGAAACACGUGUGGAAACAUGAAUAUGUUGGGUUUUGUAAAAAUUUGUAAUUUCUAACGUGUCUUUCCUCAAUGACGAAGGUUAAUGACGGACGAACUUCGGUUUUUUCCUAUCGAUCCCUAUCUACAUGGAUGACCAGUAUCACAUUUUUCAAAUUGUUCGAAUCAAUCAUAUUGAGUACAACUAUAGAAUACGUCUUCUGUAAAAUACUGUAAACGGCGUUUGUUGAGUUUUGUUAAGACGGCCCUCAAUUGGUUAUCGAAUACCUGUGGUCUCGGGAGCGGCAUCGAAGAGGCGACUCAUGGAUCACGGUGCCUUUCCUCUCCCUCCCUCCCCCUCCCCCCGCCACACCACCCUCGGCUUACAUAAAGAAAGAAAGACCCCUCCUGUCCCCACCGUCUGCAUCUGUCCUGUAAAAUCCGCUCCAGACUCCCCCCCCGUUUGAAAGAUGGUUUGUAACCUUCCCCCUCUCCCGCCGUCCUCACAGGCCAACUUCUCUCCAGUUUCACCAAAAACCGCAUUCUAUAAACAGUGUAAUUAUUGUGACAGUUCAACGCCUAACUCACGAGGUAACUUUUCUGUAACGUAUACUACGAGGUGGGAUCUCUCAGAUACCUCAGUUUAAAGUGAGAUUUAAUGCCCCAAUCAUUUGAAAUUUAUAAUUUCACUUGUAUAAAAUUUAUUUCUACAAUUCUUUAAGAGUUUUUUAAAUACUCCUUCUUGAAUUUAUUACACUAAAGAAAGCCUAUAGUAUUUUCCUUUUUAUCACACAAAAUCACAUUUUUUUUAAGUUUUUGAAUAGUGCAUAAAAACGAAAUGUCAGAGAACUGAAUUUUACAUUCUCAAAAAUUAUGUCAUUUCUGUAGCAAGUACAUUUUCACGUAAAACUUAGUGUCAGGAUUUAAAACAUUUUCACGUAAAACUAAGUACCAGGAUUUAAACUUGUUCAUAAAAACUGACCUCCAUAGGUAAUGAACACGACAUUAUGUCUCAAGGGGCAGGAACCAGAAUCCAGAAUGUGACAAUAAAAUUAUAAGCCUAUAUAAAGAAAAGUUUAUUGCUUUUAUAUGUAAGAGUGAGAAUGGAUGUUGAACAAGGAGUAGGAAAAAGGAGAAAGUUGGCCAAAACUUUUAAUAGUUGGAAAAAUAUAUGUCUGGAAGGUUCAUAUUUAUAUAGAUUCUUGUGGUGAGAUUUCACUGAUGUCAUGAGAUUUGUUACAAACACUGAGAAAUAAAGACCUGUGUCCUAUA